AUGAAUCCGUCCAACGAUCACAACAACUGGAUAACCGUUGGAGAAGUAAUCAAUCUAAUUAGGAAACCUGUUGUUUCGUACACUGACCAGAUCGUAAAAAAAGGCCAUGCUAAACUGUGUUCCCGUUUGAAAGGUGGAUGCGCAAACCCUAUAGUGUGCGAGAAAGAAAAAAAAUAUAAAAAUCUUUGCCACUCUUGCAACCAAUGGUACAAGGAGCUUGCUAAAUGGCAUAGAAAUAGAAAUAAACGUCAGAUAAAAUGGCGUGAAAACUGCGACACAUCAAAGUGGCCUGUUGAUCCAUGGGAGGUAGCCAAGUUUUUUAUGCCUAUCCUUGGACACAACAAGGGAACCGUCAAAGACGCAGAAUCCACUGAUUUGUCAUCUCUUCUAAACGUCCUUGAGUGGAUGGAUGAUGUCAUUUUUUCUCCAGACAAGCGUGUGGAUCUCGAUCUUGUUAGAAAGCUACGUUCAGGAGUUAGAAACCCUUGGGCGCAUUCACCAAAUCAAGAGUUGACCGAUGCUGAUCUUAACAACGCUUUUGACACUGCCAAUAAGAUUCUUGCCGACCUUGAUAUUGUUUUCAGCUGUGGCGAAGUCAAGAAGUGUAUAGAGGAUAUCAAGUUUGUACAAACUAGCGGAAUAACCAAUAUCGUAGAAGCCGAGUUAGAUGCUCUAAAUUUACUGCGCGAUGAGUUAGUUAGCCAAAUGAAUGGAGAAAUGAAUCAAUUAAAAGAAAAUCAAAUCUCCGACCGACAGAUCAUCAAGGAACAGUUGGAGAAUCUCGAAAAACGCAUCAGCCAAUUACAACUAUCGAAUGUUCAAGAAACUGAACGACGGGCGCAAAUAAAAAACUGCAUACCUGACAAACCUUGUACGUUCAUUGGGCGUGACGCCGAAGUAAACGAAAUUAUUUCUUCCUUGACGGAGAACGGCUGUGGAAUUGUGUCCAUUGUUGGUGGCCCAGGGUUUGGCAAAAGCACCAUUGCAAUUGAAGUCUCCCAUCAUCUAAGCGAUAAUUAUGACAUCAUCGUCAUUUUCUCAUACCUGUUAAGUGUUUCAACUGUGCCUGGUGUCUUUCUGCGUCUCUGUCUAGACGUUGGCGUUAAUCCUGGAGAAGAUUUCAUGUUAUCAUUUGCGUUGUGGUUAAGGAAUAUUAAGGAGAGAGUCGUCCUUGUCAUGGAUAACAUCGAGCAAUUGCUUGAAGAAGAAAUAAGAUCCGAAUUUACUGAGUUAGUGGUCACGUUACGCAAGAAUUCACAGCACCAGUUGCAGAUCCUAACAACGACAAGGACCGCAUUUUCAAUUCCUAACCAACGCGCCAAAAACAUUAGGAUAGAAGAGUUGGACGAAAAAUCUAGUGUCGAACUUUUGAGAACGUAUUGCCCUAAUAACGAAAUAAAAGAUGGAUACUUGUCUGAGUUGGCUAACCUGUGUGGUUUUGUUCCUCUUGCUAUGUGUGUCGCGGGAUCUCUAAUUGAAGAUCUUGAUGAUCCUUUUGAGUUGAUUCAAUGGUUAAAAGUGGAACCUAUGAAAGCUUUGCAGUCAGCCGACGAAAGCCAGUGCGUCCGAAAAGCCAUCGAGGUCUCUUUUAAAAUGUUGACUAAUGUAGACAAGAAAGCGUUUGCUCGUCUUUCGGUGUUCAAUGGAAAUUUCCAAAAGAAGUCUGCUCAAGAGAUAAUCGAGAGAGAUGGUUUGGAAACCCAAAAAUUCUUAAACAAGUUGGUUGCUCGAAGUUUAAUAAAACGUAGGAGUGAUAAGCGCUUCGUGAUUCUCUCGCUUAUUCGACGAUUUCUGACCGAUCAUGAUGAACUUCAAGAUGAAAAGGCAAUAGGAGAAGGAUUGAUGGUGAGACAUUUUCUAAAGUUGUGCCAUUUGUGGACCAUGAAAUCUUGCUCCAAAGAUGGAUUUACCGUUGCCAGAGAAUUACUGAAGAAGGACGGCCACAAUGUUGAAGAAACAUUCAAAAUCUGCAGUCACGAUCAAGCGAAAAAUCUUAAAUCAAACAUCAUCGAGUCCUUGGAAAGUAGUGAUAUUUACAAGUCGUCAUCCAGAUUAUUUUACAAUUUUGGCUGGGACCUUCUUCCACUAACUGUUUUAAGGAAUUUUCACGAAUCCUGUAUAAAGCUAGCGGAAGGUCGAGAGCAACUAGCCAUUCAGAUCACAUUUCAGUGUUUAGUAGCAGAUCAAGAAGGUCGUAGAACUGCGUGGAAAUCUUCUGAAUACAUCGGCAGGAUGGAGGCUAUAAAAGAAGCGUUUGACAAAAAUAAUGCGGUGCUGAAAGAAGAUAGGUCCUUGUAUAGCUAUUGUUACUAUUUUUAUGCCCGAUAUUAUUCUAUAAAAACGAAUGAACUAUAUCCUGAUCUUCAAGAUGAAAUUACGGCUAUGCCUGAAAACAUGAAUCGAAGUUCUAUCGAGAAAAUUGACGAGGUACUUGUCCUAAUCGAGCGUGGACACUUGAAUAAGAGACGCGCAACUAAAAUAUUCCACUCCGAUAGAGAAAAAUACGAGGAAUACAUGAAGAGUGCUGAAUUGGUUUGCAAUCAAGCUUUAUCAUCAGCCAUUGAGUUGUUGGGCGAACACGAAUUAACUUGCAUUUGUCACAAAGUGUUAGGAGACUUAUACUUUACCUGGCGGAAGAAUGAAGAGGCAUUAACGUAUUAUUCUGAUGCCAUACAACUGCGGAAGAAACUGAAACUUGAUUCUAACGAGCCUUUCGUGUAUUUGCUCAAGAAUUUUGGAUCGUGCCUUUCUAUUCUUCGCCGCUUUGAAGCGUCAGUGGAAAAUUUAAACGAAGCACGUGACAUAGUUGAUAAGCUCGCUGAGAAGCACACACCUUUUAGAGCGAAAGUGUAUUAUGCGUUGGCAAAAACGUAUCGUGCCUGGAAACCUCAUUGCCAAGAAUCCGUGAAAUACGCUAAAAUGGCAAUGGAGAUGCACGUGUUGUUGGACCCACGCUCUGUAAAAUUAUUGGAAGAUAUUAUUAAAACGGCAGAAGAAUGCAUGGAGCGUUAA